AUGCCACACGAUAUAUCAGCUGUUAUUCAGGAACAUUUGCAAGGACUAGAAGCUAAUCUAAAAGAAUAUUUUCCUCCAAUAAACAGUAACAAAGAAUGGAUAAGAAACCCAUUUUCAAUCAAUAUUGAAACAACUUUUUCGGACUUAAAUGUUGAGUCAUUAAUUGAACUCUCGUGUGACACAGCACUCAAAGACAUUUAUAAGGAACGGUCAUUAAUAGAUUUUUGGUUAUCUUGUCGUCAAGAGUACCCAGUUGUAUCAGAACAAGCGAUAAAAUUUCUAAUGCCUUUUGUCACGACCUAUAAGUGUGAAGCAGGAUUUUCAACACUCGUGUUCCUGAAGAAUAAAUACAGGAAUCGGUUGGAAGUUGAACCGGACUUAAGAAUAAAAUUAACGUGCUUUCCAGUGAACUUAGAGUUCCUAGUUAAAAAUAAACAGCUUCAUACUUCUCACUGA